AUGCGACUUUUUCGUAGACGUCAAAAACACAAACAUGUUGAACAUGAUGAACAUGUUGAACAACCAAUAGUAUACAAACUGCCUAAUAGUUUUUUCGAUGCUGUAAAUGUUGCUCGAGAUAAAAACGGUGAUGAACGACUUCCUCUGUUUGGAUCAUCAUCUUCAUCGAAAGGAAAUCAAUGGCAGGAAAAGACUGAUUUUCAACAUCAUUCGCCACGAGUUGGGUCACCAGCAAAUUUGUUGAAAACUCGUACUCGCUCAGCGUCUCGUCAUCGUGACAAAAUGCAGCAAUCGCCAAAUGAUUUUCAUAAAAUAUUAGACUCACCACGACACUUUCGUACAGGAGAAAACAUCAACGGAGAGCAAUUACAAAAAAUUCCAUUUCGUCGCCAUAGAGCAGGACCACGGCAUGCAUUCUUACAUCAUGAUUCGGCAUCUGCAUUAGGAGAAGAUCCUAUGUUUUCAUAUGGAAAUAAUAUGCCUUUUUUUCCAUUUUCACCACCAAUUUCUGCUCAACUGAUGCAGCGACAGGGAAUGUUUAACCCUAUUAUGAAUUUUCAUUAUGACUCUUCAAGGAUGAUGAAUCAAUUUCAACACAAUCCAAUGACGUUCAACCAAUUUCAGCAAAAUCCAUUAAUUAUGCAAGGCUUUCGAUUUGGUUAUUAA